AUGCUCCUCCCAGCCCGAACGGCUUCAACUAUUUGCUGGCGAUGUCUUGCCCAUUCUAAGACUGCGCAAUCUCUGGGAAGGACAGCGUUCUCACUGCGAAGUGACCCGAAAAGAUUUUAUGCUACCUCGUCUGCGACUGGUGCUGAUGCCACAGUGGAUCUAGCACACACCAGAAACAUUGGGAUUAUCGCGCAUAUAGAUGCUGGCAAAACAACCACCACCGAGCGCAUGCUCUAUUAUAGCGGGUUUACUCGCCGGAUCGGUGAAGUCGAUGAGGGUUCCACGGUUAUGGACUAUCUCCCCGCCGAACGAUCUCGUGGAAUAACCAUUACCUCCGCUGCAAUUACUUUCGAUUGGACGCCUUCCGCGCCAGGAUCUCAACCAUAUACUAUCAACUUGAUCGACACUCCCGGGCAUGCGGACUUUACUUUUGAGGUUGAGCGCUCGAUCCGUGUUCUGGAUGGUGCUGUGACCAUUCUAGACGGUGUCGCCGGUGUCGAAGCACAGACAGAGAAGGUCUGGCGUCAAGCAGAAAAGUAUGGCAUCCCGAGGCUUAUCUUUUUGAAUAAACUCGACAGGGUCGGGGCAAAAUUCGGUCCGACUGUGAAAGAAAUCGCCUCAAAAUUGAAUGCGUGGCCAGCAGUCUUGCAAUUGCCUAUAUAUGAGCAAGAUAAAAGGGGUGACGAUAUAUUUCGAGGGGUGGUGGAUAUUGUGGAGAAACGAGUCUUUUUAUGGGGCUUAGGGGGCGACGGCCAGAAGAUCGACGUGCACAACUACACCUGGCUCAAGGGGGAAAAGCCGGACUUAUAUUCUGAGGCUUUGACAGCAAGAGUCGCGCUGGUUGAGUUAUUAUCAGAGCAUGACGAAGAAUUAACACUUAGGGGUUCAAGCGAAGUGGUUCCCGUAUUAUGUGGAGCUAGCUUCAAAAACAUCGGGGUGCAACCGCUACUAGAUGCUGUGAUUGAUUAUCUUCCUUCUCCGCUGGACAGGCCAGAAACCGAGAUUUCUUAUGAUCGUGGGAAGACUAAGGGGGUUCUGAAUGUAUCUGGAGAUAGGCUAUGUGCCUUAGCUUUUAAAGUCGUCAACGAUCCGAAACGGGGGGCGAUGGUAUUCGUCCGAGUAUAUUCUGGAACCCUUGUUCGUGCACAUCACCUUUAUAAUACCACCCUCGGUGUCAAGGAGCGGGUACAUAGGCUUUUGAAAAUGUACGCAGACGACGCAGUCGACAUUCAAUCUAUUCCUACCGGACAUAUUGGGCACCGUCAUUCCGGUAAGGGCAAUAAGCACCAUCAGAAAGUUUCUGAUUCCUUUGGGACUAUUCAACUUCGCCCGAUCGAGGUUCCUCCACCAGUAUUCUUUGCAAGCAUCGAGCCAAGUUCCCUUUCUGAGCAAAAGCCCCUUGAGGAUGCAUUAUCUAUGCUUCUUCGCGAAGACCCUAGCCUGCACAUAACUACCGAUGAAGACUCCGGUCAAAUGCUUAUUUCUGGGAUGGGAGAACUACACCUCGAAAUUGCAAGAGAUCGACUAGUUGGCGAACUCAAAGCCAAGGCAGAAAUGGGGCGCAUCCUUAUAUCCUACCGUGAAACGAUACCCUCAACCUCAGGAUACGAACUCCGCACGGCCUUUGAAAAAGAGAUUGCCGGAGAGCUUGUCAAGGCAGGAUGCCAUGUUUCCCAUACACUAACCGUAGAUGAGGCCGAAACAGAACACACAAAAUUGCCGAAAUCAAUUGAUAUCGAAGGACUUAAAGGCUCCCUCAUUUCAGGAGCUAUAGCGGCGCUUGGAAGGGGGCCUUAUCUCGGAUUCCCAAUGCGAAAUACCUCGAUUAAGAUCACGAUAGACCCUUCAAAAGAUUACUUUGGAACUGAAAGUACUCCUGCGGCAUACUCAUCCGCAGCACGCUUAGCAUCCACGACGGCGUUAAGAGAAGCGAUCACAUUGAACGAGGAAGGAAUUCUGAUGGAACCAAUGAUGAGCGUCAUCGUGACAGUCGACGAGAAGGAUCUUGGGAAAGUAGUUGGCGACCUCUCUUCUGCAAGGGGAGGACAUGUCUUGGAGCUUGGCGGUGUAAGCGGGAAGCGAUCGGUGGUGGCGACGGUCCCACUGAAAGAGAUGGUAGGCUACUUGAAGCAUUUAAGGAGUAUGACAACUGGAAGAGGCACAUUUGUAAUGAGCCUUCUCGGAUGGGAGAGAAUGACACGGGUAAGGGCAGCAGAUGUGCUUAAGGAUAUUAGAGGCGGAUAG